AUGAAUACCAGGAAGCGAAUGCCACACACGGGCAGAUCUCUUGAGGAUAUCCCUGAGGAAAGUGAUCUUAGCGAUUGUGAUGCUGCAAAAGACCGACCUCAAAUCAUCAAACCGGACUCGGAAGACACGCCUAGAAGCCAAACCCAACAACCAAACUUUCCAGGGUUCUCAUUUCAACAAGCAGGCUCAAUCCAAUCCUCACGAAUCCAGACCUAUCGACCUGUCGCUUCCUCGUCCUCAUCUACAAUCCAAACCUAUCGACCUGUCGCUUCUGAUUCCUCGUCUACAAUCCCGUCCUCGACCUUUCGUGAAUCCUCGACAACAGGCUCUUCACAGGACCCGUCCGAGAUCCCAUUUAAGUGGAAUAAUCCGCACCCCUUUUAUGUCCAAGACGAGAAACAUUCCGUACAUGAGAUUCCUGAUUCUCCGCAGCGCUCAAAGGAAUCGAACAGACAACGUAUUUGCGCCGCUUUUCGCGACAUUUGGAUCGAGAUCAAAUCACGAAUUAAGUGUGAAAGCAAAAUAGAAAGGGAUGCGAGAAAAGUACGAGAGGUGAGAAGACGCGAUAGUAUUGCAGAUACAGCGGCGACCCUUGCGGGGAUAGAAACCCAACUAAAAAAACAUAAGGAGAAGGAAGAGAAGAGAAAUAGCGAUGCGCUAGCAAGAGCGAAAGAAAACGAGAUUGAGGUGAAAGCGAAGGAGGAACGUAGAAAGGCCGCCGUGAAGCGUAGUAAGGAAAAGGAGGAGAGAGAGUGCAAGAAGGAGAAAAAACGGGAAAAGGAAAAAAGGUAA